GAAACUGUCAGUUUAUCUCCACCCACGAAGCUGGCAAAGGCGACUUAAAACGAGCUACCCAAAUUACUGUAAAAAUGUUGGUAAUUUUCUUUGCGACGUUCAUCGCAGCGACGUCUGCAGCGGUUAUCCACGAUGGGCCCUGUCCUGACUUGAAGCCAGUUGAAAACUUCAAUUUAACAGCUUACCAAGGACUCUGGUACGAAAUUGCCAAAAUCCCAACUCCGGCUGAGAAGGAUGGAAAAUGUGGCACUGCUGAGUACAAACUGGAAGGUGAUAUCGUCAAACUGAAGAAUACUCAUGUUGUUAAUGACGUUCAAACAUACAUCGAGGGUACUGCUAAGCUUGCAGCUGAUGCCAACAAUGCUGCUAAGCUAAUUGUCACUUUCAAGUUUGGUGAUUUAGUCAGGGACAGUCCUCUGACUGUGGUGCUCACCGAUUACAGCAACUAUGCCAUUGCCUACAACUGCAAGAAUGAUGAUAAGAAGAAGUCUCAUGAAGAGAACGCAUGGAUCCUGUCAAGGACUAAGACACUGCAGGGUGAGGCCGAGACAGCUGUCAACAACUUCUUUAAGAACAACGCUAAGGAAUUCGAUACCUCUAAAUUAGUUUACACUGAUUUCUCUGAAGAGGCUUGCAAGUUCACCAGCACCAGUGUUAUCACCGAGAACCCUUAUCCCGCAAAGUCUUAAGGAAGCAAAAGUACAAUCGUAUAGGAUAUCCUCAAUAUGUUUCUAGUUAUACUUUGGAAAAGGCUGUUCCUCAGGGAACGCAUUCAUGACCUAUGAGUUUUACUGCUCAUGUACAAUGUGGAUGAAAUGUAUUACUUAGCCAGGGUAUUCUUGUAAACCAAAGAUUGUUUAUUAUAAUAUAACUGAUUUGUAUAACUGGAAGCAAAGUUGACAAUUAAAGACGAUCAUGAAGUAGUUAAUGAA